CCAUGUCCUUUGUCGUUAUGUCAUUUCAUUUGUCGUUUAUUUCGUUGUCAAGUGUACAAAUGUAACAAAAAGUGCGCGUUUGUAACAUUUUCGAGUUUCUUAUUAAUUACUCUAUUUUUUAACAUGUUGACUAAUAUAUUUUUUUGGUUAAAUCAGAUUUAAUUUACUACUCCGUUUUACCGAAUCUCAAAGGUGUCAACAGAAAAAUGGAGCGAUUAAUGGAAGAUGCCAAUAAUGUGAAAAAUUUGCUACCAUGGAUCGAUUCUAACGAAGAUAUAAUUAAUUUUAUGAGAAAAAUACCGCUGGAUAAAAGUCAUAUACGAAAUCAAUUGACCUUAUGUUACUUUCUGAAAAAGAGGGAUUGUCAUUCAAAUAAUUUUGAAAAAGAAAUUGAAGAUGAUGCAAGAGAAAUUGUUAUAGUAAUGCCUGAUAUAUCAUAUAAAGAAAUUAAAGAAAAACUUAGUAUAUUAGGCAACACACCCAAUCGAAAAGAAAUAGUGAUAAGACAGCUUAUUCAUAAGAAGCAUGAUUUGGAUAAAAUUUUAAAAGAAAUCACUGUUAGUACAGUGAAGAAGAGAAAAUCAGAUUCUUCCAAUGACAUAUUUGAGUUGGAUUCUAACGAGGGUCAUACUAAUAUUAACAUUAAGAUACGAAAGGUUGGCUCAGUAGCUGGUUCUUUUGAAGUGGUCUCAAGAAUCUCCAGUCAGGAUCAACUUAGAACACCAAAGGUAUUCAAUGUUGUGGAUAAAGAAAUAGAGGAACCGACUACAUCAGUUACGAGUAGCACAAGUCAUUCGCCGAAUAGUUCACCGGACAGUACGGUCCCCUCAACUACUACAGAAGCAGAUGAUCCAUAUCCAGAACUGACUGAUAUUAUAAGUGAUGUAAAUACCUUAGAAUCUGAAAUGCUAAAGAGGAAGGCCCCAGUCAACAGGCCUGGGAUUGCUGCGAGUACGGCUACACUCAAUAGCGUCUCUAAUUUACCUUCAAAUCCUAAUGAAAAUGUGACUGAAAAACCCACUGAUGGAAAUGACACCCAAUCUACUAAAAAUAAAGCCGAGGAAGAACCGAAAUUUAAUUUGAUUGAUUUUGUAAAAGAACUGUCGCUGGCGUCAGAGUAUAGGAUAUAUCAAUUGUGUAAACAAAUGGGAUUGAAUAUGAAUAAAAGACCUAGAGAGGACCAAUUGAAUGUAUUACUAAACAAAUUGUUGGAUGAUGUCGUUGAGAUUAAAUCGGCUGAAUCUAGCGAUUCCGACUCUGAGACUCAGGAAUACGACUAUACUGAUAUGCUGACUGGAGUAUUUCAGUACGAUGUCCCGAAUAAAAAAAAUAGGAUUGAUACCACUGAUAAAUCGUCUAACAGUAGAGACUUUCAAUUAAGGGAACCCGUUUUUAUUUUACCACCGGGUGGCAGAAACUCUGUCGACGCUCCUAAACAAACAACUUCUACCCAAAUAAGCACAUCCGUUAUCCAACCGGCUCGUUUUAAUCCCAGCUCUUCUAGAGAAAACACAAUUCCUGCUUUACAGAGAAGAGCAAGUCCAGAGGUGGGGCAUAAUGAGCCUAUGCCGAUCAUCAAUGAAGAACCUAUAGUCAUUGAUAAUGCUGCACCAGGACCCUCGGGAGGGCCAGGCAAUAUGAUAAUAGACUCAAGUGAUACAAACAGUGAAGAUAUGGCCAUUAAUUUAACUACUAAUAAUAAGGUUAAUGAGCCAGCCGUAGUCAUGCAACCCAUCAAUGAACCUGUAGCGGGACCAUCAAAUGCCUGCGCGCAAAGGAGCAAAGUGCUGGAUAACAACCUUGUCUUCAAACUGAUGGAAAUGUUCCCUGAGGCGCAUCCAGAUUAUAUCAAGAAUAUUUGUGAUGGGAAGAAAUUGGCCCAUCUUGAUCAUGUCCUCACUGUGAUACUUUCAGCUCCAGAUUACCCAAAAAGGCCGAAACGUGAUCCAAGUCCUCCAAAGGAGGUCGACCCAGAAGAACAAUUCCAAAUCGUUAAGGAGCUUUUGCCAGAUGCUGAUCCGACGUACAUCCGAAUGCAAUGUGAGAAAUUUGCCAACGACGAGAAGGGCCUGAAGGAAUUUAUCAAUCAUGCCAUGGAGGCGAAGGAUUAUCCCACUCUAAAAGAAUAUUUGAGGAAGCAGCAGAUAUCUGCCCAGCAAAGGCAAUAUACCACAGAAUUCAACAUGGACAAUUUUAUACAGCUCUUCCCUGAACCCAAAAAGACAUUUGAAGAUCCCAAGAAGAACAUCAAGUUGGACUCAUACUCUUUCCACUACAUUAGCAUGUUCUUUAAAAAUAGAUAUGAUAAAGUCUCCGUAAAAACGAUCCAACAAGUGCUGACCCAGUAUAACUUUAAGGUAUUAGUCUGCGAUAAGGUUUUGACGUCGUAUGUUAAGAAAAAUAUUACUAUAAGAACCAGACGUAGGCAUGUACCGUUACCAGAAAAUUUGGAAAACAUCCCGCUGUUGCAGGAACUAGCGUACCUGACACACAAAGAAGAUAUUAUGGAGUAUCUAUUAGAAAAGCAGAAGAAGGAUGAGCAGGAAAGGAGAGAAGCUAAGGAAAACAAUAUGAUGGAAACUUGCAAUUGUUGUUACGACGAUGAAGUCAUGCCGAAAGAUACCUUCAGUUGUCCAAACGGUUGCAGGUUUUGCAAAGAAUGUAUUAAAAGGAGCUGCGAGGUGGCAUUUGGCGACGGAAAAACAGACUUCCCGUGCUUGGCUGCUUGUCCGACAGAGUUCUCGUUACAAACAUUGCAGAGUGUUCUGCCACCAAAGAUGUUUUCGAAAUUGGCCCAGAAGAAAGCAUUGGCAGAAAUCAAGGCCGCUGGUAUUGAAGAAUUGGAAACCUGCCCUUUCUGCGACUUUGCCAGUAUCCCCAAUGAAUUGGACAAAAUUUUCCGGUGUCUCAAUCCUGACUGCAUGAAGGAGUCCUGUCGGAAAUGCAAGGAGCCCAACCACCUUCCGCUUAAGUGCGAGGAGGUGGAGAAAGAUGAAGACAUUAAGGCGAGGAUCUACAUAGAGAACAAAAUGACCGAAGCUCUGUUAAGAAAAUGUUGGAAAUGCAGCACCAGCUUCUUCAAGGAGGAAGGGUGCAACAAGAUGACAUGCUCGUGUGGGGCAAGCAUGUGCUACAUCUGCCAACAGCCCGUGAAGGAUUACUCCCAUUUCAAUGGGAUUGGCGGCGACAAAUACCAACUGUGCCCGUUGUACAGCGACACUAACAUGGUGAACCAGCAGAACGUUGCGGGCGCGGCGGCGGCCGCCAAGGCCGAAAUCGAUCCGUCAAAACUGAAAGUGGACCCGACUGUGGGCAUAACAGACCAUUACAAGGACAGGGCCAAGAAGCUGCCCCGAGAGCCCCACAUGGAAGUACUCCACCAAGUAAGACGACAUGCUAAUCAACUCGGUCAUCAUCGCCAUGGUCACCACCGACCCCGUCACCGUUUGGAACAGAGAAGACAAGAACUUCUGAUGAAUUUAUUCAACGCUCAGCACUGAGUGUACAUCGAUUUCAAUUUUCAUGUUUGGAAAACGUUUUUAUAUAUAGUGACAUUAUUUAUAGAUUUCCUCGUGGAUUCAAAUUAUUGUUCAAAUUCAUGCGAGAUUUAAUGUAGGAUUUUAUAUUUUUACAUUCUCAGAGGGAUGAAAAGAAAAGGGACUCUCGGUUGAUAUUAAAUACGUACAUCAAUUUUUUUAGUGUGGUAAAAAUGACAAAAUUUCAUCUCACAAGAUUUAGAUGUCUUUUUAUUUUCAUUUUGUUGUUAAUUUCUUUGAGUCGCGAUUUUUUUGAAUUUUGAAAUAUUUAUGUAGAAAAUAGUCAGUAUGUACUUCAUGUUUGUGUUAACACAACAGUAAAAAAAAGUUAUUUUAAUGCUGGCCAGUCGAGGACCAAAAAAUAUGUUCUUAUUUUGGUAAACUUAAUUUAAAAUUGAAUUAGUAAUAAAACUACAGUAAUGCA